ACCAGCAGAUGUUACAAUCAGAGGUCGAAUCAAGGGUCAUGACGAGCAAGUUGUUUAGGAGAAUACUUCAAUGCCCUUUUGCUGUGAUGAUCCCCACGUGUUUUGUGGACUACAAAACUUCUCCUGAAUUUCCAUCAGCAUGAGGCACGCGUGAUGAGAUCAAAGGCCUCAGAGCGGGGUCUUUCUGCGGGAGACCGCUACAGUCUAGUACAACAAGAAGGUUCAGACUGGGUAACACGCUUUCGAGGACUGAGCAGAGCUGCUGAAAAGGAACAUGCCCCCCGCAGCAGCAACCAAACUCGGGUACACCCCGCCGGACGGAGGCUGGGGCUGGGCUGUCGUCUUCGGGGCUUUCAUCUCCAUUGGAUUCUCUUAUGCCUUUCCCAAGUCCCUCACCAUCUACUUUAAGGAGAUUCAGGAAUACUUUUCGGUCUCCUACAGUCAGAUUGCCUGGGUGUCCUCGGUCAUGCUCGCUUCUAUGUAUGCAGCAGGACCUGUGAGCAGCAUACUUGUCAACCGCUAUGGCAGCAGACCCGUCGUUAUGGUCGGUGGGGUCAUGGUCUGCACUGGCAUGGUGCUCGCCUCCUUUGGCAAUUCUAUUGUGCAUCUGUAUCUUUGCGUAGGUGUAAUUGGAGGUUUCGGCCUGGCCUUCAACCUCCAGCCGGCCUUGACGAUCAUAGGCACCUACUUCCAGGUCAAAAGGCCCAUGGCGAACGGGCUCGCCAUGACAGGAAGUCCAGUCAUUCUCUUCACUCUAGCUCCUCUCAAUCAAUUCCUGUUUGAUUCUUUUGGCUGGAGAGGAAGCUUCUUCAUCCUGGGAGCCAUUGUUUUGAACUGCUGUGUGGCUGGUUCUUUGAUGCGACCAGUCAACAAAACUGCCGGACAGAAACCGAAGACUGAACCAGCCGAGUGUAACGGGGCAGCCGCUGAGGAAGCUGCCACUGCGGACACCAGUGCUCAGUCAGAUAACCUCCUGACUGAAGAAAACCAGAGUGAGGGCAAGAGUCAGGGCUGUGUGCACAGAUUCAUUGACGUCUCGCUUUUCAGACACCGGGGCUUCCUCAUUUAUCUCAUUGGUAAUGUGGUCAUGUUUUUUGGCUUUUUCGCGCCUGUGGUUUUUCUGGCUCCGUACGCCAAACAUCAAGGGAUUGAUGAAUAUUCAGCAGCUUUCUUGCUCUCUAUUUUUGCUCUGGUGGACAUGUUUAUCAGACCAACGACUGGCUUCUUAGGCAACUCCAAGUGGAUAAGGCCUCGGAUCCAGUACUUUUUCAGUUUCGCAGUCUCAUACAAUGGUGUGUGUCACCUUUUGUGCCCGCUGGCGUCUGGAUAUUCGGGCCUGGUCAUCUAUGCCGUCUUCUUUGGUUUGGCGUUUGGGAUGGUGUCUGCACUGCUGUUUGAAGUUUUGAUGGACCUUGUCGGAGCUCAUCGCUUCUCUAGUGCAGUUGGACUGGUCACCAUCAUCGAGUGUGGACCAGUGCUCCUUGGACCUCCACUUUCAGGAGCUCUGGUUGACAUCUUCGGAGACUACAAGUACAUGUACUACGCGUGCGGCGUGUUUAUGCUCGUGCCUGGCAUAUUUUUCUUCAUCAUGCAUUACUUCAACUACAAGAGACUGGACGAGGAGCGGAGGCAGAGCGUGGCUGCGGAGAUGAGGACUUGCGAAGAGGCCGUCCAGCUCAAAAUGAGCCAGGAUAAUAAAACAGAUGGAUGACUGUGAUUUUGGUUGAAGUGGAUGUAGAAAGACAACGCUGCAUACGCUUUAUUAUAGCGGGACGCACAUUAUAUACAUUAUUAUGGAUAAAAGUUUGUUUUUCCACAUUG